AUGCCGUCGCCACCUACAGCCCGAGCGAUCCAGCCGCUCAAUGAUGGCCUAUCUUCGCAGUCGUCGCAGCCGCCCCAUUCUUUACCGCCGAAGAAGAGGCAGCCGAGCGCCAGAAUAUCCGCUGCUUGUGAAGCGUGUAAGAAGAGAAAGACCAAAUGUACCGGGGGCCCGCCGCCGUGUCAACUAUGCCAAUCCUUGGGCACCCAAUGUGUCAUCGACCUUUCUCUCGAUAUGAGACGUCGCGCCGCCCUGCAACGCACCUUGGACGAGUCCAAGGCCUAUCAGGACAAUCUAAAUACCCUGCUCGAUGGGAUACGGGCUGGCCCCUCGAAUCGUCUUGACGCCCUCGUUGGAUACAUCAGAGGUGGAGCCAGCAAUGAUGAGGUUGCCGAUAUCAUACAAAGGCAGUGGAAUCCAGCUGGAAACCAAGAUUUGGAUCAUCCAAUGGCGCCCCAAGGCAAUGAAAUGGACUACAUGCAUACGAACGAGGCUGAAGGUCAGAACAGACCGGCCGGAGACCAUCUUGACAACGCUGCGCCAGACGCUCAAGUGACUCCAACUGCCAGCGAAACCUCGACCUCGACUGAUUCGGGGUCUCGAAAGCGCAAUGAGGUGGCACACUCCCCCGACAUGUUGAAGCUGCUGGCGGCGCUCAAGAACAGCAGCAUUGCAGAUGGGGAAGAUCUUAUUCGGCAAUUCAUGACCUCGUUACAUUGGGAUGAAAGGGGACACUCGACAAGUACUGGGUCCAUUUCCAGUACCAUCAGUCCUUCGUCGGAUGGCGGAGUGCAGCCAACCCUCCAGCCUACUAUGGCUGCACGUUCUGGUUGGCAUCCGGCUUUACAGGCGAGGACUGAACCAAUUGAGGGAGAAAAACUUGUACAGGGUAAAUCUGCUGAUCAGCCGAUGUCGCUGUCGUCAAGCCCGGUGGAUGCCGCAUCCGCACGUAACCCAGCCUCGGCUGACUCUUCCAGAACACAAGCGUCGUCAAAGCGCCAGAAGACAUUGCACCCAACGAUCAACACUGAGGGUGCUCAAGGCACAGAGUCAGUUGCGUCGCCGACGUCGCCUUAUCUGGAACAAGUGACGAGCCAUGCACAUUCGGCCCCCGCCAUUGCUAGACGAGACUUGUGCGUUGCCCAGGAUGGCGCAUCGACAAGGCUUCGCAUUCCCGUGCAUCUCGUGCUUCCCCUGACCGUGACGGAUGAUUCGUACAUGAGUCGAACAUACUCUCAUUAUCUGCAAGCGGCGCAUCAGAUGCUCGAGGCUGGAGUGCCCCUGUCAAAUCUCCUCGGUUCGCCCGAUCAAGUGGUGGUCGACUUGUUCUUUCGGCCACGAGAAGCCAACGAUAUAUACACUUGUGCCUCAUGGGCGUGCGAGGUGUGUCGAAGUUACGAUCAUGACAUAUUUGUUCGGCUUGGGUGUGUUUUUCUCCUUACUUCCAUGAUGCGGUGGCUGCUCGCUCCCACGCUCGAGAACUAUGAGAGAUUGCCCGACAUGAUGAAACCGACGCCUUUGCAAUGUAUGAUUCCACAUAUCGGGGCCAUAGAAACCAUUCCACUGCCUCCGGUCCGCGAUGCUGUUAUUCAUCGUCUACGAGACUGGCUCACACCGCUGGAAAGGGCAGAGUGGAGCAUCAACUGGCCGCAUGGAUUGGACGCAGCCAUCAUGCGCGAUGAUGCGACAGGUGCCACCGUGUUGACUCCCAGCUUUAUGGAGCAUGCGGGGGAUUACGACAACUGGAGUGUUGCCCGUGUCUUUCUUGAUGACUUUCCCGAAGUCGCUGGUCGAAUCCGGAUCCAUGAUGGAUGA